AUGGCAUCCAAACCCACCAACCUUCCCCAACUUCUCUGCUUAGCACUGCCUCUCUUCGGCCUGCUCACCCAAGCAGCUCCCAGCCCAUUCACCCCUUCUCCCAACACUCAACUGGAAUCCCACGGGGGCGCGCCCGACGAAACUGGGAUUCAAAACUACCCGUCCAGCUGCCAAAAUCCCUGCGACGGGGUGACCCCAAACGCGACGGACCCCGUCUCUGGAUCCUACUACUGCUCGUACUGCAUCUGUAACAAUCGUCUGCUGGGGCCGGCCAACUUCGAGCCCGCCAGCAAUUUUACCGACUUCUUCGUCGACUGGAAGCCCCUGGACAGCCAGUGCCCGCGCGAUUGGCUCUGCACCUGGUCCAACUUCACCGCAGGACCCUACCACAACACGCAGUACUACUACCCUCAGAAUGAUGGAUUCAAGGGUUGCCCCGAGAAUGUAACGCUGGAGGUGGGCACACGGGUCGAUCGCUUUGGGUCCCCACGCGGCGGAUACCUGGCCAGCCCUGAGACCUCCUUCGCGCAACGUUCGAUCCCGCCCAGCAAUCUGAACAUCUUCAACGAUAGCACUCUGUACAACUACUGGCAGUAUGAGGUGAGGCGACCUUUUUGGGCCUUCUACGGCGAGGUGCUGCCGUGGUUUGGUCAACCCGGGGGUGGCGAGCAGUGGUAUGUUCCCGCAGGAUUGGGACCGCUGAUCGACAAUGGCACCCUGGUGCUGGUGGCGGCGAAAACUUAUGAGGAUGAUGGGUCAGAUGAAGAGUAUAGGGCUGCUGCCUGGAUGCAGGCGGAGGACGCGGUUGUGAUGGGUGAGAACGAGAUGUAUCAUUAGACUGAGGAAAUUGGGCGCUUUGUCUAGCCGGUUGAAUGUGACUGAGUGGGUUCUGUGGGGACAGGCCUUCAACAGGGUGUUUGAACAAUCAUUGUAUU